AUGGCCCAGCGAAUCCUCAUCACCUUCGCUGGCACGCGCGGGGACGCCCAGCCCUACAUGGUGGCUGCCCACGCGCUCCAGGAGGCAGGCUUUGAGGUCAUGACCGCCGGCAACGUGGACACGGCCAGCCUGGCGGAGGCCUUCAGCGUGCCCUUCUGCGCCACCCGCAUGAGCGGCCGGGAGAUGGUCACGAGCGACGCGUUCAUCGAGGCCAUGACCGAGCAGAGCAUUCCGAAGAUCCUGAAAGUGCAGGAGGAAAUCUUCUCCAAGGGUCGACGUCGGGAAGAGCUGGAGAAGUGGUACCAAUUGCUGAAGGACUACCAGCCUCACCUGAUACUGUCAGCAGGGCUGACGCUCAUGAGCCUGCCGCCCAUGGCGCGCCAGAUGCAGAUCCCCAUCCUGUCUUUCCAGGUCCAGCGCUGGCGGCCAAGCCGCUACGCCACACCCUUCGGGUUCCCGAAGAUGAAGAGCAACUUUCUGAACCUCCUGGCGUGGAAGGUGUUGCACGGCUUGCUUUUGCGGGCGGCCAGGAAGAAAGACGGUCCAUUCUAUGAGGAGCACUUCAAGAGGCCCGCCGGAGAGGUCUUAAUGUCCCUGGACGAGUUGUUUGAUCUCUUGAGCUACAGGGCCGCGUACCGCAGCCUCAUUGCCGAGAGUCGCUCUCUCCACGGUGAUUUUCCCCCGGACUUCAACGACAACAACAUUCGGGUAGGACCGAUGAUGCCCCCGGCCUCCCUGCAAGUGGGUCCGGAGUUCGGCUCGGAGCAAGUUGCUGGCAUGGAGGCUUUCCUUGCCCAAGGUGAUGCGCCGGUGUUCUUCGGCUACGGCUCGAUGAUCUGCAAGAACUCGAAAUUCAUGACCCUGCUGAGCCUCCGUGCUCUCAAGGUGGCGGGGCUUCGCGGUAUCCUCUGCGCAGCUUGGUCUGAGAUGUCCUUGGACCUCGUGGAUGGCGAGCCGGAUGCCGAGGAACUCCGCAGCUUCUGCAAAGACAACAUCCUCUUCAUGAAGUUUGCACCCCACGGUUUGCUGUUCCCACGGUGCUGCGCCAUCGUACACCAUGGAGGCGCCGGCACAACGAACGCCUCUGCGAGGUCAGGCGUGCCUACCAUCGUCUUGCCAUUGUCCUUUGACCAGUUCGAGCAGGCAGACAUGGUGAAUCAGAGUGGCAUCGGUGUGGGGAUGAAGGUCAUGCACAGCCUGGCUCCUGAGGAAAUUGCCGAGGCCAUCCAGAAGUGCCGGCAGACGCCGGGCAUCCGCGAGAAGGCUCGGGAGGUGGGCCUUGCCAUGGAGAAGGAGGAUGGACCUGCUGAGCUCGUGGAUUUCGUGAAGGCCUACAUGAAGGACUUUGUUGAGAACGGGCGGCACCUGAAGAUCCAAGAGGACUUGCGCACGCGUCGUUCAAGUUGGCUCCGAUGGUGUCUGCCGUGCUGCUGA